AUGAAAUUUUUUGUUAAUGAACAAGUUUGUUACAUUUACUCCGAACCACUUGUCCUUGAUCACGGCGUACCCUUAAGGCAUCUUGGCGUCGGCGUCGGCGCGUGCGCAGGCUACUUCCGCGUGACGUACGACGACGAGAACUGGCGGCGGCUGGCGGAGGCGCUGUCGCAGCGCCUGGACAUCCACUGGCUGAACCGCGCGCAGCUGCUGGACGACGCGUUCGCCCUGGCGCGCGCGGGCCCGCUCUCCUACCAGCAGCUGUUCGCGCUCACCGACUACCUCUCCCUGGAGAACGAGUACCCGCCCUGGGCGGCGGCGCUGGGCGGCUUCGCCUACCUCGACCGCAUGCUCACCCCGCACCCGCGCUACCACCGCUUCCAGGCGAAGCAGCAGCGCCCCCACGAAGCCCUGUCCGCGCGUGCGCAGGCGUACGUGCUGCACCUGCUGAGCGACGUGUACGACGGCUACGCCUUCAAGCAGCGCGCAGAGCACUCGGAGCGGCUGCUGGCGGCGGCGGUGACGGCGCGCGCCUGCGCCAUGGGCCACCAGGGCUGCCGCGACACGGCGGUCCACCUGCUGGAGCAGGACCUCUUCAGCGGCGCUAGGUGA